ACUGCCUCUCUGGCUCGUCGUCCGCAUCCCGUGUUUUUCCUUCAUGGUCUGCCUUUGGGUGUUGGACGCCGGUGUGACCGCUGGGUUGUUCCGAGAAUUUGCACUUCCCGACUUCGUGCGGAAACAGGCUGUAGCCGUCUGUCAGAGCGUCAACGCUGCGCUGAAGUUUCUAUAUUCAAGCGCACCCGCGCCUGGUUCUUCCAUGUCCGCCUCAGGUUCACGACGACAACUGCGCCUCGAAAGGGAAACUACAACUACAAUAAGCGAAGAGCACCCGGCGCCCAACAAGGAACAAAACAAGCAUGCGCACCGCAGACAGGGAUACACCGAGGCGGAUUGGGCAAAGUGGCAGGCUAUGACGUGGGAGGAACAGUCUGCCUACUGGAAGCAACGGGAGGAGGAGAAAAAGCUGCGUAAUGAACGGUGGGAAAAAGAGGAAAACCUGCGAAAUAAGCUGUGGACUCUGGAGAAGGAAGUCAGAAACCUCAUCUGGGACCUCGAAGACGGCUACCGGAUCAUCUGGAGGGACCAGUCCCCGAACUCCUUUCUCGAGAUGCCAGACGUCGUCAAAAUGUUCGAGAAACUAAAGCACCAGCAGGCCCUCGCGCUCGCUGGUCAGCAGCAUCUACUUCAGAACGGGACGCUGACGGGACAAGAAGGCAAAAAUGGAAUAAAUGCGGGCGUACUACAAAAAAACAAAAAUCUUACGCCGCUCUCUGGGCCGCUGAGUGGAGAGCUGGCCGCGCUACUGCAGGAGAAGGUGGGUCGCGGCCUGCAAAACCUGCAAUUUCGCGAAACGAUCUUAGACGGAGUGCUAGACAGCCUGUUGCGGCAAGAAUUGGCCCAGGCCAUCACGGAUAAAUUGCACCGGAAGGUCACAGUACAGAACCUUUUGCCGAUCGAGACCGUGGGAGGCCUUCUGCAGAUGGUGCAGUCGGCGGAAGUAAUCAGCGCCUCCAGCAAUGAGAUGGACCAGUUCGUCGCGAUUGAAGACACGAAAGACGGCGCCGACACGACAACUCGCAGCGCUGACGGUCGCGGCGCAAUGUGGUUUGUGGGGGCCCACCACCAGCCCAUGGGCAGUUGGACGGUUGCGACCACUAGCAGUUACGAUUUGGCGAUACUGAAUGCCGCGUUGCACGAUGUGCUCCAGAAACACCCCGCGCUGCGCACGAUCCUUGCCGACGGUGAUAUGUUCUUGCGACAGAUCGAACAACCCGCGACCCAGUGGCGACUGUUGGCCCCCAUUCUGCAGCGGUCUGCGCAGCAGAUGAAACUCGGGAAACUAGGGGAGGACCCAUCACAGCAGCCAAGCGGGAACAGUAGUACGUUGUAGCUGCUACAUGUUGUCUGCAUUCUAAAUUUCCCUGUUUUUGCCCUAUUUCGUCCCGUCGGUAAACUCAUUUCAUGGCCGCGGAUGCGAACGAAUGCUUUAGACCUCCCACAGUGAAAUAUGAUUGUGCUUGUCGAUCACGCUAGGCAUAUGUGGUGCAGCCGGAGAACAAGCUAUGUUUGUUGUAUUUGCAGAUAUUGGACGUCGAACACCCUAAAGCUUGAUAAAGGUGAACAAAAAAAAGAAGCGCAUGUCCUUGUAAUACAAACUUUUCAGGCACCUCCGUAGCUUGUCCCGCAGAUCAUGGAAACAAUUGGUUUGUCCAGGCUUUCGCGUUUUGCGUCGACGCUGUGGUUGCGAUCGUGAACGCCUCAUGGCAGGUGACGUGGCCAAAAAUGGUGGUGCGGGAUUGCGCGGACCUUCGAACGGCUAGCUCGAAGCGCUGCGUCGAGCUGGCAGACGACGACAUUGUAUCCUGUGCAAAAGUAGAGGUACCAUACUCGUAGUAAACGCAAUUAUGCAUUACAAAUUUUUUUCUUGAGGGAAAUCCGCAUUACAAAUUUUAUUUCUCACACUGAGAGACCGUGAGGGCCAAGAUCAAGAUGACACCGUGCGGACGACCACAGGGGGCCCGUCUAACAACAACAUGCUGAGGAAAUUUGUCAUGCAUUUAUAUUACGAGUACGAUAUUUUUGCUUUUGCACUUCAUACAUUGCGGCGUUUUACGAAGCAAAUGGAUACGUCUCUGACAGCGACGAGGAAGAGGAAUUUUUCCCGGACAUAGGACACGAUGAACAGUUUCGUGACGCAGACCACCACCCCGGCACUGGUUCCGUGGAUCAUGGCCCUCCGCUGGCCAAUACCGCACGGAAAAAAACACUGCUCGCGGACGCCCUGACCGUCCAUGAUUUCCACGACGAAGAUCUAGUGGACUGCGCGCUGGCGGACAAGAAAUCGGGACGGCACGAGGCGGCCAAGCGCUUGGGCUGCUUGGGAAACAAGAAGGGCACAAAGAUUUACUUCAACACCUGCGAGGAAGACGUGGCUGGGAAAACGCCUCUCGUGAGUGCGAACGACGAGGUGCGACGGUGGUCGGACAUCCAGAUGCUGCACCUCGAUCGCCCCGAGCUCGGGCGCAUGAUGGAGGUGAAAUUGGCGAAGUUUAGUUACGACACGCUCGCUAACUCCGUGUGGUCGAUUGUGGAUGGAGGAGGAGGUGACGAUCCGUACAAUUCCAGACAGCACUCGCAAGGAGGUGGCUCUUCCGUGGUGCAAAAGGGAACGACUUUUUCCAUUCUGCGAGUGGCCGCGUCGACGAAGGUCGACCGGGCCCUGGGAGAGCAACUAAAGCUAAUAUCGGAUGAAAUAAUUGGCAGUGAUGUUCUUCCCGGAGCAGGAGGAGCCGGAGCCAACACCAAGGAACUACUAGUAAACCACGGGAAAGAACAUGGAGAACAAACCAAGUUAAUCCUCGUGAACCGCAGCGUAAAAUCGCUGUGGGUCGGCGAGGUGGUGCCCUUCAACCACCCGGAGUUUGUCUCGCCGCCGCAUCGCUGUGCCGCUUUCUGGUCGGUAAAGUGUAUCGUGGUUCCAAUCCGGUGCGCCCUCACGUACGAGACACCGACGCUCCCAACGUCACCGAUAGGGUUAACUUCGAAUAUCAAAACAAGUCCACGAGGAGCAGGACAAAAGCCGUCUGGUGCUUCAGCAUCGGCGCGGAAAAACGGUGCAGAUGGUGUUGCGAUUGGACCUGCGAGUAGUUCUUCUACACCGAAGAAAACUACACUUCGUUCACCUGAACGGAAGAGCGAAGGUCCACCCGCGGGCUCCGCUGAUUCGGAUGAUGAUUUUGCCGCGAGUAAAGAAGGGAGUCGCGGCGGUGAUAAUCAAGGCAGUGUUAGCGCAUCUUCCGGCUCUUCGGCUGCUGAAGAUGGAGCAGUCGGUGGUCGAAGAGGUACUAGUCUGGAAUGUUCUUUACCUUCGUCCUCCUCAGACGACGACCAUGGGAUCAACUUUUGGCCAACCACGGACGAGGAAGAUGACAAAAACUUUGUACGGCAGAAGCGACAAAAGGGUAGUUGCGCUGCAGGUCGAGGACCAAAAAAUUCUUGGUCUUCCUCUGAUACAGAUACCGAUUACGGAUUCUUCCCGCCAACCACGGAUGAGGAGGAGAAAAGCGAGAUCGAAAUAAACACGAGGAAAGGUGGGAAACCAGCGGAAAAUAAAUCUCCAACUGCAUUUUGCGCCUCUUCGUGCUCUUCCGCAAGAGGAAAGCCUGCGGGAAGCGAACAGAGCGAGGAGCCGGCCCCGGGCGCAGCGGCAGCCGUGACAGCAGCCGAAGGGUCAUCGGGAAUUGCAUUGAAGGACUCGUCUGAAGCUGGCUCGUCGGCAUCCACCGCUGAAGACGAGAAAAGGCCCGUCGAUUAUGAUGAUGUUGAGGCGUCGCCGCCCUGUGCUGCCGAAGAUGUUGACCAGGUCGCGGACUGCUGCUCUGAUGGUGGCUCGUCUUUCCCCCCCAGCAAGUCCUCUUCGGAGUGCUCUGAGCAGGAAGAUGAUGCCAAGUCGGACACUUCAUCUUCGAGCCCCUCCGAUAGGGACGAAGCGGAAGUUCUUGCAGAGGUACGGGGGGCCCAACAAGAUGAUAAUCUGCUGCCUUCCAUUCCAGAGGAGAACACUAGCUCAGGUGACGCCAUCAAUGACAGGCGGGAAGCUGAACAGGAAAUCGUGGAAGAAGAUGCCGGUCAGGUUCUGCCCGACGAAGCAGCACCAACGACCUUGUGCAUUCCUGCUGCUCCGAUGGUAAACACCAGUGGAGAAAACAGAGAUCGCUCACCGCCUGCCAGCAACUCCGGAGGUUGUGAUAAUUUUCGGCGACGAAAGGACAGUUUUGCUUCAUCCAGCAGUCCCCCAUCAUCGUCCUCAAGCUCUUCUAGUUCUUCUUCGGACAGCGACAGCGACUCGGAUGCCAACAUGAGCAAGAUCACGAAGCGCAGCACGAAGAGCACUCCAAGAGGGCAAUCGGAAUCUCCGACCGGGAUGGCCAGUGAGUCUGGUAAGAACUUCUUGAAUCUUGCGUAUACAACCUGUAGCAGCUCGUUGUAGUCGGCACUUUUCCUCUACUUUUUCUUUUUCUUUUCUGUCUCUUUUGCGACUAAAUACUUGUUGUCCUCAAAUCUGCAUUGCUAUUAUGAGGAGCGGGGAUGAUUUUAAUGUUGUGUUUUCAGCAUCUUCAAACCUGCAUCGAUAUUAUGUGAAGCGGGGAUGAUGUUCAUGUUGCGGUUAAAAACUUGCAAUUUCACCUGAAGUCCAAAGUAGCGCCAGGCACACCACGCUAUACGUCAAAAUUCCAGAUGCAAACAACUGUUUCUCAAAACAGAAACCCGAAAAACCCCAGUCCGCAGCCCAACUGGCCGGGAUGUGUCGAAUUCUUCGAAGGCAGAUGACCUGCAACAGCUGCAGAACCAACUCGAGGAAGAGGAAUUGAACCAACGCAUACAGCAGCAGAAAGAGGCCAAGAUAGUGCCGUGCCAGUGCCCGCGGCGCGACCUUGGCUGGCACAAUCUGAACUGUCAUUUGGAAGACUAUUUUGCACCCUCAUCCUGCCUGAACUGCGGUUCCCGGGACCACCGCCUGAUCGAUUGCCGGGUCCCGAUUCGCGCGUCCGGCAAGAAGGGCUUUUCGGUGCGGGAAGCCAAUCGUUUGCGCACGCUGCAGCGGAACAAGUUAGCGAGCCGCGCACGAGCGGAGGGGGCCAAGUGCCCGAACUGCCAGACCCCGUUUUGCUCUUUGGAAGAUUGUCCGCAGAAGUGCACCGACAAAAAACUCCGCCCCCAACAGUUACAACUCUGGUUCAUGCGGGCGCAUCGCCAGGAGAACAGUGACGCUCGGACCGUAGCCAGAAAAAAGGGUGGCGCCGCGGGGGUGGUGCUACAAGCAGAUGGAAAUCUGGAUCCUGCGGCAGCUUCAACUCGGGAAAAACCGAACGCGGAAUCACUCUACCCUCCGACGGCUGACGAACUGCGAGAUUUUCUGCUCUGGGACCAGGCUCAAUUCGACUGUGAAAAUGACGGGGGCCGGAUCCUUCGCGCGGCAAACUUUUCGAAUACCCGGAAGUGCAACUUCUGCGAGCACUAUGGGCACACCGAAGAGCACUGCAAGAAUCGGAAGCGCGCACUGGACGCUUGGGUCUUGCGCCACGGCUUGCCGCGCCGCGAUCUGGACAGCUGGAACAAGAAUGGGGCCUUCGCGGUGAACCAAUUUCGCAAACCCAGUCUGGAAGAAGAGUACGGGUCCAACCUGUGGCUCAGGCUCGACAACAACGACGAAAUGUCCAUCUACGAAGCAGACCAAAACCCCGCGGAAAAUGAGCACGUGCAUGUGCCCGUCUACCAGGCCUUUCGACUUCCGAAACGACCACCUGGUGAGCGGUCGUUGGAAGACCCAUACAUUCGGAAGGAAGUGGAGGGACCAUCAGCAUCUUCCUCGGAUCGUGAAGAAGGAGCCGACGUGCCGCAUGGAACUGCCAGCAGCUCCAGCUCUACCCUUCUUGCCGGAACAACUGUGCCGCAGAAAAAGCAUCUCGAGCUUGCUAGUAUUCAAUCCACGACUGGUACAUCACAGGCGGGAGGAGAACUGGUCGAGAAAAAGUCUUUCACGAUUGUCUCGAUUCAGGUGUAUCACAGUGUGGGCGACGCUUUCACUUUUCACCCCCUGACGAAGGACUUCACCCUCCUGGUGGAGUUGUACGAUAAAAUGUGGAAGAUCAAGCAAAGGAAAAUGACUCCUUCGUCCCAGCAGCGCCUGGCCCUGGCGGAUCAGCAUUGUGGUGUGCAGGAAGUGGCGGAGCAGGUGCCCCAAGAAGGAGCUGAAGAGGACAAAGAAGCAGAUGCUACUGGUCAACAAGCGGCUCUUUCUACUCGCACUGGUAGUGUCGCUCCUUCAGAGUGGGUUGAAGGUGAAAAUGGAAAUGUCGUAGCGCAACGUCAAGCUCGAACUGGGGAGAACACCCUCUCCGCGACGGUGAUCGAUGAUCUGCAAGCCCGGUUGCACAACGCGUUUUCCCCCAUAAGCGAGGUUGACGGGCACCUGGGGCGCCGCAUCGAGGAGAACCGGCACACAUUUUCCAUGCGGGGAAAUCUGGGCUUUCACAAGUGCAAAAACCAGUGGAGCAGCGGGAUACAGGGUACCUGGAACAUCGCGGGCCCCGAGGCGCGGAUGCUGCUGGAACUAUCUCGGAUGUACCAGACCCCCAUCGACGUGCUCUUGCAAGGCAUUCUCGCGGUCUCGGAGGCGCGGGCCGGGGCACAGGAAAUUGUACUGAUCUGUAGUUCGCUGACUGUUUUGUAAAUUCUGAUUUCAUCACGGGGACCUGUUUCUGUUUAUUUCGGUAUAAAGUAGUGGAAGGACACGUAGAUGAAGACGCGCGACAAGCAGAUCGAUGUACUUCUAUGAGCCGCUGCUGCUGCUACUCAAGAUUUUCAUAGAAAAGUUGUUUCAACAUUUGCUUCAGGUAAACUGGACGUUCUUCGUUUUCCAGAGGGACGGCGACGAAGACGCCAAGCGGGUUGGCCUGUACGCAGACUACCGUGACUUGACACUUCAAGUGCCCCACGACUCCGCGACGGUGUGGGGGACCAUCCAAACGCUUUACACCAAAAUCAAGCACCGCGAGUGGCGGCUGUUCAACCCGAUGCAGUUCGAGGAGCAGACCGUGUGUAACGUGACUCUCCUGGAUUCCACGCCGCGCGGCAGCCGCCCGGGGCAGUGGCAGCGGCUGGAGAUGGACUUCAAGGUCCCCCCCGGCGAGCCGGGCGGCGUGCGCAAGAACUUCCGCCGUGAUAAGCAUUGCAAACUUCGUCCCUGGAUGUCCCGAAGGAUGCAAGAAACCUGUGAUGCGGAUUUUCGAACAAGUGAAAAUCUGUGUUGCGCAGGCAGCAACAGGUGUCCGAUUUUUGUCUUCAUCACGCGAAUGCAUUUCUAAUGUGCGGACUAGGCAUGGAGUUGGAGUAGAUGGCUUCUCCAGGGAAUUUGUCAUGCUCUGUGCGCAUUUUGGAAAGAAAAAGACCUUCUUCCAGAUGGAAAAACAAAAACGAUCACAUGACGAGUUAGAGUUAAAGUUUCUGUGCUCUUCUUGCCGACCUCCUUCCAGCAGACAUAGUAUUUGUAUUGCAUACUUGAUCUCGAUGAACAGACGGAGAUGGAAAACCUGCUGAAGGUGAACAUCCACCAGGACGCCGAGACCCUUUGGCGGAUCGACAUUCGCAUGGACAACCGGAAGGCGGGCAAAAGCAACUCCGAAUUCGAGGCCGUUGCGUGGAUGACCCGGUUCGAGAUUGCGAUGCGAGAUUGCUUUCGCGCCCUGGUCUGCGACCCUGCGAUGCCGGUCCACAAGGUGUACAGCCGCGUCGAGUCGGAGCCCUGGUUCCAACCGCCCGAGCGGAUUCCUUUGAUCUGCAACGACGACGACUGGAAGUGGCGAGAGAAAAAAUUUUGCGAAAUGUACCGAAAUUAUCCUGUUGUGAAGCCCCAUCCCGGCCAGUCACCCCAGCACUCAUCUGGUGAGGCCUUUCUGUAGUCAGAACGUCGUGUCAUGGCAAAAUCUUAUACUGUGGAGUCCUAGUUCUUAAGAUCGUUUUCGUAUAUUUAUAUUCAGAAUUUGUAAAAAACCUUUUCGGCAAGGUAGUGGGUUGUGGAUAAAGCUCCUUAUUUUGAAAGCAGGAGCUGAAAUUUCUGCUUCCUGAAAGAGGAUAUGAAGAAACCCCUACGAGAUUAUUUCUAUUUAGGGUCUACUGACAAAUGGGGCGGGGGCUGCUGGCGCAAACUUUUACCUCUCUUCCAUAAUGCCCACCUCGGGAAGCUGCAGCGAGGACUUGCGGAGUUGGGUGAAGUGAAGCGAGAGCUUGCAGCGCUGAAGGGAGCUGAUGCGUCGUGA